CAUUGUCCCAAAUCCACACUGACCGCACUCUGCCUGCCUGAGUCUGUCAACUUAUGGACGAGCAACACGCGGACAGCCAGCUCGAUAUUGACCGUUCCCGGACGGACAACAGUCUCUCAAUGAUCCAUGAUCGAACAUAGCGCGCGCGACGCAAUCCUGUACACACGCACCCGCCCCUUUCUCUCGUCUCUCACUCACUCCCAGCUGGUGGUGGCGCCUCAGCCGCCAUGGCCUCUCCAUCUUUGUCUUUGGGCUCCUCACUCAUCGGCACAACGUCCACAUCCACAUCUACAUCCAUCUCUGCAGGCUCCUCCUCUGGCUUGGGCUGCACGCCGUCCGUGCCCGCCCCGGGGGGCUGCUGCUGUGGCUGUGGCUGUGGCUGUUGCUGCUGUUGUUGGGUCUGCUGCGAAUCGAGCUGGUAGGGCGGCGCCUUGGCGGCCUCGAGGCGCUUCAGGGCGGCCUCCCACUUGUCCUUGUACGCUGGAUCCUUGGUGCAGCCGGGGCAAUACCUGCACAGCACACAUACACAAGGUGAAUGGAUGAAGGAGGACUGUCCUCUACGGUUUGGUGUGCGGCUGGGCUACCACUGGGAGUUCUCGUCGGGUGCGACCUCCACCCCAACACACGAGAAGUGAAACCACUCACCAAACUUACACUGACGACACACACACGCACAAGGACACAGUCUACUCCUGCUGUGAGGCUGCUGUGUGUGUGUGUGUGUGUGGCUUGACGCACGUCGACUUUCUCGCACUGGAUCAUGUUGCCCUCAGACGGCUGCACACACACACGGACGUUACUUGAUCGGUCUUGAAUGUCUUCGAUGUUCUUGUCACCUUUUGGCAGAAGCAGUAUAGCGGCUCUGGCUGUGCGGCGCCACCCGACCUCUGGUCCCCCUCACCGGCCCUAAACAGAAACCCCCAACACACCCGCACGGCCAGACAAAAAAAGUUCAGAACGUGCCGGCGGCCUGUGUAAGUCGAUGUGCUUACGGUUGUGGCGGCAGGGCCCUCCCUCCCUUGUGGUCACCACCCCUUCUGCUCCACCGAUGCCCCCUCUCCCUGUCCCUCUCGUGGCGGUCAUCCCCAUCCCUGUCGUGUUUGUCCCUCUUUUUCCUCCUGUGCAGCCGUCCCGGCUCGCCGUGGUGUCGAUGAUAGCGUCGCUCCAUGGCACCGCCCAUAGCUGGGGGAAUCAAGCCUUCAAGAGGGGAGACCCAUGCGCCCGCCCGCCCCGCCAACCUACCUUGCUUCCUACCUUCCUGCCUCACUGCCUCAAUAGCUGCCUGACUGGCUGGCUGGCUGGCUGGCUGGAUGCUUGCAUGCACACAUGCAUUGUGUGGGAUGAGUCACCUUGGCCGUCGCCAUAGGGAUGAAGAUUCAUGCGGGCGUUCAGGUCGCGAACUCUCCUCGUUAACUGAGAAGAAGAACGGCAAGCGGACACACACACACACACACACACAGGGUGUUGUGUUGUGUGUUCUGCGAGAGCCUGCGCUGCGUGAGUGUGUGGUUGCAUCCCUUCGUACCUCGUCGAGCAGCCCAUGGAUGAUGUACAGCCUCUGGCGUUGGUAGUUGUUGAUGCGUGUCUUCAUCUGCUCCAGCUCCUCGAGCUGCUCUAUGUCGUCGCGUCGGUAGUCGCCGAACUCCACGUCACGCCCAGCCGCCUUGACGGCCUGGAACCGCCGGAGGUGCUCAUCCCACACCUCCCUCUGCCUCCGCUCACACGCCUCCAGCUCCUCGUGAAGCCGACGGUCCGUGUCGAUGACAGUCGAUAUCGACUCGGGGUUGAUGAAGGGGAACUGACCCAGAUCCGUCAGGAUGCCAAUCAACUCACUGCUCGCCAUGGCUGCUGGGUGGGAUGCUGCAGCGGUGGCAUCGGCGGCUCCUGUGGGCGAUUCCUGCUUUGGGACGCCAGAUGCACUCGUGGCAGCGAGUGAGGUGAUCUCGACGAGCGGCUGCGAUGCUGCCAUGA